GGCGGGGAUUGCUGCCGCCAGGGGUGGAACAGGACCCAGUCCCAAUCACAGGAAGCCGGAAGCCCGCCCUGGCGCCAUCUGUGCACCGGGGACUUUGAGCUGCCCGAGUCCCGAGUGUCCCUGCCCUGGCCCCACCUGCCGCCCUGGCUCUGUCCCAGGCAGGUCCCAGGCACCGGGCUGCUCCCGGGGCUGCCAUGUGGGCAUAGGAUGUGCAGUCACCCUUGAGGGAGGGGUUUGGGUCCUGCCACCCGGGAGUGAUGCAGAGUAACCACAGCCCAGCCAUGGGGACCGCGCUCGUGUACCACGAGGACAUGACGGCCCCCCGGCUGCUCUGGGAUGACCCCGAGUGCGAGAUCGAGUGUCCCGAGCGCCUGACUGCAGUCCUGGACCACCUGCAGCAGUUUGGCCUGGAGCAGAGGUGCCUGCAGCUGUCAGCCCGCGAGGCCUCGGAGGCAGAGCUGGGGCUGGUGCACAGCCCGGAGUACGUGGCCCUGGUGCGAGGGACCCAGGACCUGGGCAAGGGGGAGCUGCAGGCGCUGUCCGGACAGUUCGACGCCGUGUACUUCCACCCGAGCACGUUCCACUGUGCCCGGCUGGCUGCGGGGGCUGCGCUGCAGCUGGUGGACGCCGUGCUCCUGGGAGCCGCGCACAAUGGGCUCGCCCUGGUGAGGCCCCCUGGGCACCACAGCCAGAGGGCGGCUGCCAACGGGUUCUGCGUGUUCAACAACGUAGCUAUAGCAGCUGAACAUGCCAAGCGGAAACACGGGCUGCACAGGAUCCUCAUUGUGGACUGGGACAUCCAUCACGGCCAGGGCACCCAGUACAUCUUUGAGGAUGACCCCAGUGUCCUUUACUUCUCCUGGCACCGCUAUGAGCAUGGGCGCUUCUGGCCUUUCCUGCGAGAGUCCGAUGCAGACACUGUUGGGCGGGGACAGGGACGUGGCUUCACUGUCAACCUGCCCUGGAACCAGGUCGGGAUGGGAAAUGCCGACUACAUGGCCGCCUUCCUGCACCUGCUGCUGCCGCUGGCCUUUGAGUUUGACCCUGAGCUGGUGCUAGUCUCCGCGGGAUUCGACUCGGCCAUCGGGGACCCCGAGGGGCAGAUGCGGGCCACACCGGAGUGCUUCGCCCACCUCACACGGCUGCUGCAGGUGCUGGCCGGCGGCCGGGUCUGUGCCGUGCUGGAGGGCGGCUACCACCUGGAGUCCCUGGCGCAGUCGGUGUGCAUGAUGGUGCAGGCCCUGCUGGGGGACCCGGCCCCACCCCUGCCGGGGCCCCUGAUGCCUUGUCAGAGCGCCCUGGAGUCUAUCCAGAGUGUGCGAGCAGCCCAGGCCCCUCACUGGGUGAGCCUCCAGCAGCAAGAUGUGGCCCCUGCACUGAGUCCCAGCGCCCACUCUCCGGAGGGGGGGCCCCUGUCUGUGCUGCCCGGGGGCCCUGCAUGCGAGGCGGCAGUGGCCGCUGCGCUGAGCUCCCUCCUGGACCAGCGGCGGCUCCACCCCACACCCCCCGUCCGCACGGCUGUUGCCCUGACGGCGCCCGAUGCCAGCCUGGGCCUGCCCCCUGACGUUCUCCAUCAGGAGAAAUCAGCACCGAGGGAGGAGGCAGAGGCCUGGGCCAGGUGGGCAGGGCCGGCCUGGGGAGAGCGGUGGGGCCGUGUCUGUGCAAAUGCCGGUGUGCAGUCACUUUGUGGCCACUUGUCCAUGUGUUCUGUCCACCACAGGCCACAUGGAUCCCUGGCCCAGGACGAGGCCCUCACUGCACUUGCGAAGCUCCUGUACCUCUUAGAUGGGAUCCUGGCUGGGCAGGUGAGCAGCGGUAUCGCAGCCGUCCGGGCCUCUGCUGUAGUGGCCACCCUGGAUGUGGCCAUUCGGAGAGGGCUGUCCCGUGGAGCCCAGAGGCUGUUCUGCGUGGCCCUGGGACAACUGGACCGGCCCCUCGACCUCCCUGACGAUGGGUAUGACUCAGGUCACGCAUCUAUCCAGUCAAGCACAUGGAUGGGCAUGUGGGUGGGGCACUCUGUAUACAGAAUGGGGCCUUCCUCAGCUGGGGUUUGGGAUGGGGCAAUGCCAGGCGGGCCUUCCGCACAGAGGGUCAGCAGUCAGAGCUCCCUGGCUCUUCUCUGCCUUGUCUCUGCUGCCUGGGCUCACUCUCGUCCAUGUCCUUGCUCUCCCUGGAAGGAGGACUCUGUGGCUGAGCAUCAGUGGCAAAGAGGCAGCUGCCCCCUCCAUGUUCCAUGUCUCCGUGGCACUGCCAGGGAUGACUGGUGGGUUCCUGAGCUGCAUCUUGGGCCUGGUGCUGCCCCUGGCCUACGGCUUCCAGCCCGACCUGGUGCUGGUGGCCCUGGGGCCUGCCCAUGGCCUGCAGGGCCCCCACGCAGCUCUCCUGGCUGCAGUGCUGCGGGGGCCCGCAGGGGGCCGAGUCCUGGCCCUGGUGGAGGAGGAGUCCACGCCCGAGCUGGCCGGGGUCCUGGCCCGGGUGCUGCACGGAGAGGCGCCUCCCAGCCUGGGCCCUUUCUCGGGGGCCGCUCCAGAGGACGUCCGGGCCCUCAGGGACCUCAGACGGCAGCUGGCGCCACAGUGGAAGAUGCUGCAGGUGGCCGGUGAGGCCGGCUGAGGACUGGCGGCGGGGACGGGCGGCCAGGGCUCCCGCAGCCGCGACGGCGCGCUCUCCCGCCCCCUGCCCCAGCGCCGUCCUCCCCAGGCAGCGCGGACCCGGACGCGGCGGGAGCGAGCGCGCCGCAGAAGUAACAGGGAGCGCCAGCCCCAGCCCGGCCAAGCUCCGCAGCUCCCCACCUCCCGCCGCCUCCCCUGCCUCGCCGGUCCCUACCCUCCCGGCCCAGCUCCGCCCCGCCCCGCGGCUGCCCCGCCCCACGUCAAUAAACUUGGAGAAACCAGA